AUGCGGAUUGUAAAGCCUGGUCAGUUUGGAGAAGAACACUGGCAUUUACACUCCAAACCACCAGGAUGCACUCUUGUUGUUCUGGGUAAAAGUGAAGACGGGCAUAGCCAGAAACAGUGUUCAACUCUUAUGAACAGCACCAGUAGCGAGGAUACGGGUAUUGAUGUCAAUGAUCAGAGUUGGAAGGAGGGGCGCCGAAUAGUUGAAUUCGGAAUCCUACUUUCACAUGUACAGUAUUGUAAGUUUUGCCGCCUUGGUCCUGUGCCUUUGACAUAUCGCACCGUGGUUGGAGAACUUCAGAAAGGACUGGGAGGAUAUUUGUAUGCGAGAUGUGAGAACCCCGACUGUGAACAGAUCAAUCGAGUGCCAUACGGGAGCAUGCACAGAGUGAGUGAGAGCAGGAAAGGCAUGCCUUGUUUCACGGCCAAAACCAAGCUUGGUACAGCAAUGAUUGACAGCUUAGGUGGUGCAGACAGGGUUAACAACUUUUUGUCAGUGUUGAACUUAAAGCCAAUUAGCCAAAAGAAUUUAAAGGUGAUGGAAAAGAGAGCAGGAGACUUUGUAGAGUCAGUUGCCAAGUCUUCAACAGAAAUUGCUGCGAAAAAUUCUUUCCAACUAGAAAUGGAAGAUAUAGGUUAUGAAGAAUCAGCUGAAGCCCAGAAGGCAAUGGGAGAGGAAAUUGAUGAUUUGGGCAUCAGUCUUCUUGAUGAUGCAUCACCAAGUAUACAAAAACUUCUACAUCAACGGACAGUUAUGACACCAGAAUCAGAACGCAGUGAACUCGGCCAGUUUAAAGAUAGUGCAUCCAUUCUCUCAAGCAUAUUGAAAGACAAACCACAUGAUAGGAAGAAGAAAAGAAAAGCUCCUCAUUAUAACCUGAAAUGUAAGAAGAGGCUAAUGUCAGAAUUUCCAACAAAAACAAGGCAAGGAAUGUCAUGUGCAGUAGACACUGCAUGGCACAAACGUGGUUUUGACAGUCUUACUUCUCACACAUUCUUUAUGAGCAAAGCAAAAUAUGGAAAAAAGGUCGUCAAAACUGUUGUUGGCCACAGGACUUGUGGAACAUGUAAAUGGUGGCAGCGGAAUCGGCCAGGCCAAAAGAUAAGGAAGCAUAGGUAUGUCCAUAACCAUACAGGCAGUGCUCGGCUUAUGGAAAGUGUCAGCGGUGUUCAAGGCAUUAAGGACUUGAAAGAUAGUGGAACACCAGUUGAAAUUCUCGAGGGGGACGGAGAUAACACCAUGAUUUCAAGAAUUAAACACGAUCUUGGAAUAACCAUGAAGAAGCGUUUAGAUAGGAAUCAUGUGGUCAAAAAUGUCGGUAAAUAG